UGAAGAUGGCGCUGUCCAGGGUGUGCUGGGCUCGGGCUGCGCUGUGGGGCUCGGCCGUCGCCCCUGGACCCUUGGUCACCCGGCUGGGUCGCCCCGGCCCCGCGUGGCGAGCCCCUCGGUCUUCGAAGCUUCACCUCUCUCCGAAGGCAGACGUAAAGAACCUGAUUUCUUAUGUGGUGACCAAGACAAGAACGAUCAAUGGAUCAUACCAUCGUUUCUUGGGUCGCCAUUUCCCCCGCUUCUAUGCCUUAUACACAGUCUUCAUGAAAGGCAUACAGAUGUUAUGGGCUGAUGCCAAAAAGGCUAGAAGAAUAAAGACAAGUAUGUGGAAGCACAAAGUAAAGUUUCACCAACUUCCUUACCGGGAGAUGGAGCAUUUGAGACAGUUCCGUCAGGAUAUCACCAAGUGUCUUUUCAUAGGCGUCGUUUCCAUUCCGCCCUUUGCCAACUACUUGGUCUUCUUGCUAAUGUACCUGUUUCCUAGGCAACUGCUUGUCAAGCAUUUCUGGACCCCCAAACAACAAAUUGAUUUCUUAGACAUUUAUCAUGGUCUCCGGAAGCAGUCCCACUCAGAAAUCGUCACUCACCUAGGAAGGGUCGGCGCUCUUGUUUCUGAUGAGAGGCUUCGGUGGCAUCUGACAGACCUGUGCGCCAAGGUGCAGAAUGGUACCCACCCAGCGUCACACGACAUCCUGCCUCUCAGAGGGUGCUUCUCUACCCGUCCCCUGGGCUUGGACCACCUGCCAGCUCCGCAGAUGGUGAGCCCUUUGAGGCCCUCUGUGCCCACGGGCUCGCCGCGUUGGAGGCUGUCGAGUAGCACUGCUCACCAUCUUUGCCCUGCUGUGUCACAGAAAGCCCUGAGCAGGGCCGUGCUGCUCACCCCGUAUCUGCCCCCUCCCCUGCUGAGAAGGCGCUUGAAGAGUCAUGCUGCUGUCAUUCACCAGCUGGACAGGGCUCUGGCGAAGCUGGGGAUUGGCCAGCUGACUGCUCAGGAAGUGAAGUCGGCUUGCUAUCUUCGUGGCUUGAAUUCCACCCAUAUCACUGACGACAGGUGUCGAACCUGGCUGGGAGAAUGGCUGCAGAUAUCCUGCAGCCUGAACGAACCUGAGCUGUCGCUCCUGCUGCACAAUGUGGUCCUGCUGUCCACCAACUACCUUGAGACCAGGCGCUGAGUGAAGCGGGAGCGUGACGCCGAGCAGUCGGGCAGUGGCUCGGGGCCGCAGUGUGGGACCAAACAGCGCUCAGCACAGUCUGUGCACGCUUAGCGUGGAGGCGAGGAGCAGGGCCACGGGCUUCGGAGCACGCCGCCUACCUGGGAGCUGGACAUCCCUUCACAGCUUGAGCCUAACCAACCCGCGUGCGACCCCCGUGCUAACCUGCAGCUGGCCAGCACCUCUGGCCUAGACUUUUGUCCUGAUGUCAUGUUUAGAUCCUGUAAAGUCAGGUUUUGCCCAGGUGGGAGUCAUGGGGCCACAAGGCCGUGGUGCCAUGGCUUGUUUUGUUUUUAAAUUAUUUUUUUUUCUGAGGUGAGUCUGUGCUGGCCAGGUGGGCUCAAAUCCCUGUGCUCAAGGGCUCUUCCCACCUCAGGCUUCUGGGUGCUGGGGCUCUCACUGCUGUGCUCUUUAUAGCAGUGAGGGGUUUGGCAGUGGCUUUCUGAGACCCUGUGUCUCGGGUAGCUGAGGAUGACCUUGAUGGCCUGGUCUUCCGGCUUCCACCUCAGGGUGUCCUCUAGAGCUGAGGCAGUGUCUUGGGAAACUGGGAACUGGCAAGAGCUCUGCUACAUAGGUGAGCGCUCUCCCCAAGGUUUUUCACCAGAGAAUUCCUGGUGCCAAGAACAGAGCUGCCUGGAGCAGUGCAGACGGGAGCACUAACCCCUGUGCUUGCACCUUGAUUCCCACCCGUUUCCUCUCACACCCCUCCCUUUUCCUUUUUUUUAAUUUUUGUUUGGCUUUUUUCUUUUGGAGAUAAUCACCAUGCAGCCCAGGCUGGCCUUCGGUUCCUGGCGAUCCUGACAGUUCUGGGGCUGGGAAUACAGGCAUGAGGCACCAUGCCUGGCCCGUCCUUUCUGGUGUGACCAAAAGCAGGGCUGUUUUUCUUGCUCACUAGCAUGGGCUGUGCGCCCCUCCUCUUAGCACUCUGAACACUUUUAAUUUACGGGAGCACUGUAAAGGAGCAGGUAGAAGGCGGCUGCUCGGGCCCCCCUGCGUUCAUCCCAGUGUCUCAAUUAUCAGGCUGUCACACAGCCCCUAAGGACCUUACAUGUUUGCUACCUCCACUGUGUUGCACUAAGCCAUCUGUAACCAGCAGUGGCUGCCUGUCUUCAGGCCCCAGGUCAAAAAUGCAUAAGGUACUAAUUACUGCCUUGGGUGGGGGCUCAGGGUAGUAAGCUGGGUUUAACUGUGUGUACAGCCAUGCCCUGUAGCUCUGUAAUAGCUGUAAAUGCAUGAAGCACUGUUCUCAAACGAAGUAAAGACUGCCUGAAACCA